GAAAAUAAUGCAAAACCGAAUUACAAAUGCAAAUCAAAACUAUAAAAUAUUCGCCAGAGUGAGACCAAUUGAUUAUCAACAGAAGAUGGUCGACUUCACUAAUGAGAGCAUUUCGAUAAGAGUAUAGAAUUAUGUUAUUUUAAGGAUCCAACCAAUAAAAAUGCAGAAAGCAAGAUUGUUUCUUUUUCUUCAGUUUGCACUACGCAAGAACAUGCCUUCAAAGUAAUUGAACCCAUGUUGCAGAAACUAAUCGAAGGCCACAAUUCUUGCGUUCUGAGUUAUGGACAAACCGGAAGUGGGAAGAGUUACACAUUAUUCGGGUAAGAAGGUGAAGAAAGCAAGCCAGACAAGAAGGGAAUUGUAACAAGAGCCAUGGAAUACCUCCUCUCCAAAUCUUAAGAAUUCGAAGAGAUUCGAGAAUUUGUAAUAACUGUUAGCAUGGCUGAAUUGUUCUUAGAUCAAGUGAGGGAUUUGGGCAAAGCCUAUCAAUCCCGUUAAUCUGGGAAUUCGAAUCAAAUACUGUAGAAUUACGAGAAUGAAAAUCUCACCAUAUACGAAAACACAAAUGGGUAGAUAAUGAUCAAGGAUCUCACAUAAAUACCCAUAAGAUCAGCAUAGGAAUUGACUGAUAUGAUAUAGAUGGGUUUUCAAUUAAGGGAGAAACUGGAACAGCAAAGUAAACAAUUCGGGCAGAAAUGUCAUUCCAUCAUUACAUUGAAUCUGGUUUAAAAAGACAAGGAAAAUGAAAACCUACCAUUUAUGAAUGCAUUCAUCUAAUUUGUCGAUUUGGCAGGAUCCGAAAGAAUAGCCAAAAGUUUAACCUAAGAAGGAUAGUUCUAGGAAGCCAUUUUAAUUAAUUAGAGUCUGACUGCCUUAUCAAAAUGUUUGACAGCCAUCUCCCAAAUGAAUUCCAAAAAUAUUCCAUACAGAGACUCAAAGUUGACUCGGAUCUUAUAAAAUUGCCUCAAUAGUUAAAGUUAAGUGGCCUUGAUGGUGCAUAUCAAUCCCAAUGAAAAUAAUUUUGAAGAAUGUUUAUCGGCACUGCAAUACGCGGAAAGAACGAAGGGAGUGACAGCAGCUCAACCUAUUGACGACAAUCCCAAUCAGCCAGGGCCUUUUCCUGGGUAGGAUAAAUUGAUUAAGAAAUUGUAAGAUGAAAAUACUGAGUUGAAAUCAAAGAUAGAUUACAUGCAGAAGGAACACAAAUAAAAAAUAUCAGAAAUCUAAACAUUAUUAGGAAUCGAUGUAGAUUUAGAGAAACUCUUUGCUAAAUCAAGUGCUUAAGAAUUAUAGAAAUUCAAAAUUCAGAAGGAUGCUAUGCAGAAGGUAGAAACUCUUUAGAAUUAUGUUAAAGAGGCAGACUAUAUGAUAGACAAGAUGCAAAAGGAGAAAGAAUAAUUGAAAAAGGAAGAGAGUCUUAAAUAAGAGAGACAAUAAUGCAGGAUCAUAGAAUUAGCUGAAGAAAUCAAAAAGUUGAAGGAAUAGCAGGCAGAAAAGAAAUAGCAACUAGAAUAAAUUGAAUAAGAAAAAAACGACAAGAUCUUAGAUACAGUGAAAAAACAAUUAAAAGAACAUCAGGAUGUGAUUGAGAAGAAGGUCAAUGUUAUUAUAAAUUUACCUUAAACCAUCCAAGCCAAGACUUCUGAAGUGUAGAAGCAUGAAGACAUCAAAAGAAUGGCAAAACUUGAAUUAGAAAAAGAGUAAGCCAUAUUAUUUUAACUUAGGUAUAAAUAAUAAAUGGAAAACUUAAAGUAAGAGUAUGCAAAGUUUUUGUAAGAUAGCACAGAAUAAUACGAAAAAUAUUUACAAAAGAAAAAUGAAGAAAUAGAUCACUUUAUUCACUAAUUCAAAAAGUACUAAGAAAAAAAGAAGUAAUCAUUUAGCAUUAUUAUUUUAGAAUGUAAAUUAGAGACCUGAAGUCUGAAUUAUUUGAGUUAUAUGAUAUUGUGAUGAAAACAUUUAGAGUGAUUGAGAAAAUAGAAAAUGGUGCCUAUAGUUCUGGAAUCAGAUCAUUUAAUAUUCCAGCUAUGGAUAAACCUCUUAUUCCCACUAGAAACAAAUUCAAAAAGUACAAUUUUGUAAUAAUUUUCAAGUCUGUUUAAAUAUCUUGAUUAAAGAAGUCUAAAGAAUACUAAACAGGAUGGAAUCAAGGAUAAGGUUAUUUUAUAGCCUUUGCAGAAGUCAUAGUUUCUGGAACACACAGACAUCAAAAUGAACAUAAUAGACAUGCAAGAGCCAACUUUAAGGUAGUUUGCAAGCAUGAUUCGAGAUGAAUUAGUCUCAGUUCUAGCAAGAGAAAAAGAAUUACAGAAAAGAGUGAUUUAAUUAGAGACUUUGUAAUCAAAUAAUGAUCUGAAUACUUUGAUCAAGGAAAGAGAUGAAUAUAAAUAACUUUACUUACAGGAAGUCAAAAAAAUGAAUUAAUCAAAAAGAAUUAUUUCUGGUAAAACAGAAUCUCAUACAAAUGUUUUGAUUAGACCAUUAACUUAGUAACAUUCAAGAUACAAGUUAUGA